UUAAAACCAAAAAUACUUUCGUUAUAAUAUUUAUUAAGAAAAAUUGUUGGAAUAAUGGGAACUAAAUUUGCAUCAUAUUCUUUAAAAUUAGCAUCUUUACAUGAGUUUUAUCAGAGAUUACUCUAUGGCACCCAACCAGUACCAUCAGGAAUUGAAAUAUCAAAUACUUUAAAGUUUUUUACGCAAUCGUCUCUUUCACUUCUGAAAGAUGUUGAGAAAUCUCCUUAUGAUAUGUUAGUGUCUCAGAAUUAUGAUUCUGAAAGAAUAUCUCUAUUUCCUAAUUUAGAUUACAGGCAAUUAUAUGGAGCUGUUUCUCAAUUGAUAGAUGUCUUACCUUCCGUUCAUAUUGGAAAUACAGUUUUAGGACAAGCACUCUUGCAAUGCUUAGUUUGUCUUUUGCCAUUUCUUGAUCACGAUUCGAUUGAUACUUUAGCUUAUACUAUUUCAAGUGCAAUUGUAGUGGUGGACGAAGAUAUGCAUCAAGAAAUCAUAAACUAUUUAUGUUUUCACAUAUUUCCGUUUACAAUUGGUCGUAGAACUGUUGACGAAUCUAUAAAUUAUUCAAGUCAAUCGGUGUCAGCCGUCAUUAUGAUAAUAUUUGAAUAUUCAAAAAGUACUGCUCAGCACGGUCAAUUACUUGAAUGCCUAAUGGCAUUAAAAACAGAUGUAGUCAAAGAUAUUUUAUGCGUUAUUGCAUAUGGCACGAUAUCUGCAAGACUAUCCGCAGUCAAAUUACUGUUUUAUUACUGGCCUACGCUUAUCCCAAACAGCAUUGAAAGAAGAUCAAUGACACUAAAAUUUGAAUAUGGAACUACUUUAUUCAUAUGUCAAAAAAAAAAUUGCUCCAACGCCGGCAGUGCUGAAGCUACCAAAGUUUGUUAUAAUCAUAAAUUGUCAAUAUCUUAUUCGACGGACUCACCACCUCCAAUUUACCUAUGCAUAGAGUGUGCCAAUGAAAUUCACCGGGAAAAUGCGAAUGAAGUCUUUCACGAUAUUUUACAUCCUGUUCAACAUGGAAUGAUGAUUUGUGAAAAUAAGGUAAACUAA